CCUUUUUUGUAGCAUUAUGCUAUCCAGUGCGCUCCCGGUUUUUAUCAAAUGUGUUCUCCAAGAUCUGUGCGCACGGUGUUUUUCGGUGACCACGAGCGCUCGUACAAUGAUAUCGUGGCGUGCAGCACACGUGUGUUAGGUACACAGCAGUGUACCCAAUGGUCAGUGCAUCCCGCGCUCAAUCAGCGUGGUACCCUUGUGCCAACAAGUGUGGCGGUGAUGUGUGUGGAAAUUGAAGACUGUGAUGUUAUCCCUGUGAACGCAUGAACAAAAGCGAAUAGGUGACCAUGAAUACAAGACGAGUCUGCCAGAACUGCGACUAUCCAGCUUAGGAAACAUUUUUUUUUAUUGCUCUUAGCCAUCUUUAGAAAGGGAGGACUACUGGUAUGGCUUUCUGGUGACUCUUAUUGAUUUUUUUUUUUUUGCCGUAGUUGCUCCGGUCUUCCAAGUCGGAGGCGCUGUUGUACCAUCUGACGUCAUUUGUUCGUAAACAGGGAGAUGUCUGUUAUCAGCUCUCUAAACUGAAUGUGCCCAAUUUAUGACUUCGUAUGAGUUACGUAAUACUCGGAUUAUCCUAAACACUUUUUUGUGCAGGUGCAACAAUAACCAUUUGACAACUGCAUUCAGUGUCCAGAUAUGAAUGUGUUCGGCUAUGGCUGCUGACCACGCCAUCUCGUGAACUAUGGGUCGACAGAGAAGUGCACCAGCAUUGUACAGGACAACAAAACACUUUUGUGAAGAACGCAGAACAGGACCUGAAGGAGCAAGACACAGGCCGCAUGCUCGAGUGAGAGAAACAGGGAUUCAUCUACGGAAAAUAGAAAAAGAAUUCCUCGCAAUAUUUCGUCGAGAACUUCUCACCGGCACCUCUUCUGUCUGAACGUAGCUGACCCUCUGACAAACGGACCCAAUUUUCCCUUUCCAAUUUACGUGGGAUGAGGACAGCACUGCGCAUUAAAGAAGAGGCAAGAGAUUCUUGUGACUUCGAAUCAUCACAUGCCAGGCCCUUUGGAAUCACAACUCCAAGAAAAUGCAGUUCUCUCUGGAGUUCCGCAAUCAGCCCGUGAGAGUGAAAUCGGAACCACGUGAUGUUGCAUGCCUGCCACAACAGGGCCAGGUACAUCAACAGCACUGCAGCGAACAUCCUUCAGGAGGUGAUGCUUACGGAGUGACAGCUGGGACGUGUGACAUUAAAGAAGAACCUCGAGAGGAAUCUUCAAAGGAACAUGCAAUCAUGGAAGUCAAAACAGAGCCUUAUAACGUUAUAAUCUUGACUGGACAGGACCAAAUUGGACGCAAGUGUGAUUCAACAUCAGAAGGAGUGAUAGCUGGGACGUGUCCUAUUAAAGAAGCACCUCGAGAGGAAUCUUCAAAUGAAGAUCCAAUCAUAGAAGUGAAAACAGAGGCUUACAAUGUUCCAGUCUUGGCAGAAGAGGAACAGAUGGGCUGUGACCCAACAUCAGAAGGAGUGACAUCUGGGACGUGUCCUAUUAAAGAAGAACCUCGAGAGGAAUCUUCAAAUGAAGAUCCAAUCAUUGAAGUGAAAACAGAGGCUUACAAUGUUCCAGUCUUGGCAGAAGAGGAACAGGUGGGCUGUGACCCAACAUCAGAAGGAGCAACAGUUGGUAUGUGUGACAUUAAAGAAGAACCUCGAGAGGAAUCUUCACAGGAAGAUCCAAACAUAGAAGUGAAAACAGAGGCUUACAAUGUUGUGCCUUUGGGAGGACAGGAACCAAUGAGACAUAGAUGCGACACAACAUCAGAAGCAGCAACACUUGGGAUGUGUCACAUUAAAGAGGAACAUCAAGAGAACUCUUCGAAUGAACAUCAAAUUGUACAAGUGAAGACAGAGCCUUACAAUGUUGCACUCUUGGCAGAGAAGGACCAGAUGGGACACAGCUGUCUGUCAGCAUCACAGGGAGCAAGGGGAAGCACUGGUUUGCUCCACAUUAAUGACCAGCCCAGAGGCACUUGUGAUCAAGCAUCUUCUGGUUGCACUUCUUCAGAGGCACAGUUCAAUAUCAGCACAAUAACCGUUGAAGCGCAGUUCGACAACACUUCACCAGUCACUAUGGACAGUCCCCCCGUGGAGCAACCUCCAGACCAGAGCAAGCCAUGUGCACUUGCGUGCACGUCGAAAGACAGCCCGAGACGCCACAUGCUUGCACAGUGUCACAAUGAGUCUGAAAAGUGUCCAGCUACUCCACCGGAGGAUCAGAUGGGAGAGGAGGGUUUUAGGUACGACAUCUGUCCCUCUGCAUUCUUGCCGUCUGGCAGUGACGCGAGUCACGUGCCAAAGCGUACUGACGAGGAGUCAUGCAAGUCCGACCCCUGUCCUGCACAGUUCCACCAGAGGAGGAGUCUGCGGUGUCACAGGCAAACGCACAUGAACCAGCAGUUGUACAAGAAUGAUACCUGCCCUGCGAAGUUCAGCCGUAUUGUGCACCGGCGGCUUCGCAAGCGAGCACACACUCGCGAAAAGCUAUACAAAUGUGAUGCCUGCCCAGCAGAGUUCAGCCGGACCUGGCACCUACAGCGUCACAAGCGGACACACAGGGGUGAGAAACCGAAUAAGUGCGAUCUCUGUCCCGCUGAGUUCAGCCAGAGCAAGAGCCUGUUGGAUCACAAACUGACGCACAUGGGCGAGAAAACACAGAAGUUCAAUGUUUGCCCUGCGAAGUUCGGUCGGAGAAGGAGCUUUCAGAAGCACCAGUGGACACACACGAGCAAGAAGCCAUACAAGUGCGAUGCCUGCCCAGCGAAGUUCAGCCAUAACGAACAUCUCCAGCGUCACAAGCGGACACACACCGGCGAGAAACCAUACAAGUGCGAUGCCUGCCCAGCAGCGUUCAGUGAGAGAGGGAACCUACAGCAGCACAAGCGGACCCACACUGGCGAGAAGCCAUACAAGUGCGAUGUCUGCCAAGCGAAGUUCAGCCAGAGCGGGCACCUACAGCGUCACAAGCGGACACACAAAGGCGAGAAACCAUACAAGUGCGAUGCCUGCCCAGCAGCGUUCAGUGAGAGAGGGAACCUACAGCAGCACAAGCGGACCCACACGGGCGAGAAGCCAUACAAGUGCGAUGUCUGCCAAGCGAAGUUCAGCCAGAGCGGGCACCUACAGCGUCACAAGCGGACACACAAAGGCGAGAAACCGUAUAAGUGCGAUCUCUGUCCUGCUGGGUUCAGCAAGAGCAAGAGCCUGUCAGAUCACAAACUGACGCACACGGGUGAGAAGCCACACAAGUGCGAUGCCUGCCCAGCGAAGUUCAGCCAUAACGAACACCUCCAGCGUCUCAAGCAGACACACACCGGCGAGAAACCAUACAAGUGUGAUGCCUGCCAAGCGGAGUUCAGUGAGAGAGUGAACCUACAGCACCACAAGCAGACACACACGGGCGAGAAGCCAUACAAGUGCGAUGUCUGCCCAGCGAAGUUCAGCCAGAGCGGGCACCUACAGCGUCACAAGCGGACACACAGGAGCGAGAAGCCGUACAAGUGCGAUCUCUGUCCUGCAGGGUUCAGCCAGAGCAUGAGCCUGUCGUAUCACAAACUGACGCACACAGGCAAGAAAACAUACAAGUGCAGUGUUUGUUCUGCAGAGUUCGGUCAUAGAGGGAACUUACAGCAGCACAAACUGACACACACGGGCGAGAAGCCAUACAAGUGCGAUGUCUGCCCAGCGAAGUUCAGCCAGAGCGGGCACCUACCGCGUCACAAGCGGACACACAGGAGCGAGAAGCCGUACAAGUGUGAUCUCUGUCCUGCUGGGUUUAGCCAGAGCAAGAGCCUGUCGGAUCACAAACUGACGCACACAGGCAAGAAAACAUCCAAGAGCAGUGUUUCUUCUGCGGUGUUCGGUCAGAGAGGGAACGUACAGCAGCACAAGCUGACACACACGGGCGAGAAGCCAUACAAGUGCGAUGCCUGCCCAGCGAAAUUCAGCCAUAACGAGCAUCUCCAGCGUCACAAGCGGACACACACCGGCGAGAAACCAUACAAGUGCGAUGCCUGCCCAGCGGCGUUCAGUGAGAGAGGGAACCUGCAGCAGCACAAGCGGACACACACGGGCGAGAAGCCAUACAAGUGUGAUGUCUGCCCAGCGAAAUUCAGCCAGAGCGGGCACCUCCAGCGUCACAAGCGGACACACAGGGGCGAGAAACGGUACAAGUGCGAUCUCUGUCCUGCUGAGUUCAACCAGAGCAAGAGCCUGUCGGAUCACAAACUGACGCACACGGGCGAGAAAACAUACAAGUGCAAUCUUUGCCCUGCGAAAUUCGGGCAGAGAGGGAACUUACAGCAGCACAGGCGGACACAUACGGGCGAGAAGACAUACCAGUGCGAUGCAUGCCCGGCGGAGUUCAGCCAGAACGGACAGCUCCAGCGUCACAAGCGAACACACACCGGCGAGAAACCAUACAGGUGUGGUGCUUGCCCAGCGGAGUUCAGUGAGAGAAGGAGCCUGCAGCAGCACAAGCGGACACACAUGGGUGUGAAGCCAUACAAGUUCGAUGCCCGCCGUGCUGACCUCUGCCUGAGGAGGAACCUACGGCAGCCCUCAGCAGGAACCUACGACAGCACAAGCGGGCAUACACGGGUGAGAAGCCAUAAAAGUACGAUGUCUCUCCUGCGGAGUUCAGUCAGAGCAGACACCUACAGAGUCACAAGACAGACAGACUCGAAGCCAUACAGGAGCAUUCCCUGUUCUGCAGACUUGAGGGAUCAGUCACGGGACCAGCAGGCACCAGCCAGCGAACCAAAUGGCUGCUGGCUGAGCACGAGCUAGUUCAGCCAGAGCAGGAACCUGUGGCUUCACAUGUCUCCACAAGACACUUGAGAUUUGAAACUGUGCAAGUACAGAUGCCAUGUACAUGCGAAAGAAUCCGUCCAAUUAAGUGUCACUUCUGUGCUGUUGUAUGUCCUUCAUGAACACAUGAUGAUGCGCAGGGAGAAAAGGCUAUGCAGAAGCUGUCUAUAUCCUAUCCCAUUUUAUUUCUGCUUUUUUUUCUGGUGGAAUGUUUCAAAACUUGCACGCAUGAACAAACUGAGGUUCAAAAAUA